UCCACGCUGAAACUCCACUCCAGUCCAGGUGGCGGCGGUAACGCGCCCGCUAGCGGCGUCUCCAACCUCCAGCAAACACUGAAGAAGAAAAGCUUUUCUCUCCUGAGCAUCUGUUUACCUGCCCGAACUAACCGCAUUAAAAUAUUUCUAGUAGAGUUUACACUUACACUUAAAUUUGAUCUGAAAUGAAAAGCGCGUUACUGUGAGGAUUUAAAACUCCUUUCUGCUUUAAACCCUGAGGUCAAGGCAGUAAAACACUAUGAGUUCAGCUGGAGACAGACAGCACUCUUCCAGGAAGUCUUCGGCUCCUGAUUCUGCUCGCUCACAGCUGUCUGAGGCCAUGAAAACAGAGACUAAUGGAGGGAAAGAAGGCAGUGUGAUGAAAGAGGAGACCCUGGAGCUGAGCAUCAGUAACCAUGGAAACGGCCUUACCAGCACACCUGAAUUUAUCUCCAUUAAAGAGGAAGAAGCUGAUGAUAAAGACUUCCUCUAUUGCGAAGUUUGCCAGUCCUUCUUCUUUAAAAAGUGUGAGGUCCACGGUCCGGCGCUCUUCAUCCCUGAUACUGCUGUUCCCAUGGGGGUCACUGACCGAGCCAGACAAACUCUUCCUCCUGGACUAGAGAUUCAGAAGUCCAGUAUUCCUGAUGCAGGCCUGGGAGUGUUUAAUAAAGGGGAGACUGUUCCAGUUGGUGCACAUUUCGGACCCUACCAGGGAGAGCUAGUAGACAGAGAGGAAGCUAUGAACAGUGGAUACUCUUGGGUGAUACAUAUGGGUAGCCAGUGUGAAGAAUACAUAGAUGCCAAGAGAGAGAUGCAUGCUAACUGGAUGAGGUAUGUGAAUUGUGCUCGUAAUGAUGGAGAGCAAAAUCUUAUGGCAUAUCAGUAUCGAGGGGAGAUUCUGUACCGUUGCUGUCGACCCAUUAAUCCAGGACAGGAGCUCUUGGUGUGGUAUGAAGAGAAAUAUGCCAGAGAUCUAGGCCGUACGUUUGACUACCUCUGGAAUAAAAAGUGCUCUGCAAAUGAACUAACUGACGGUCUUUUGCAAAUCUUCUCCUGCUCCUUGUGCCCGCUUUCCUAUACAUCUAAAAUUUACCUCAACAAACACAUCAAGAGAUGCCACUACGAGGAGUAUGUGAGACUGCAGCAAUCAGGAGAGUUUAAAUAUGAGAUUCAGAUACCUACAAAAGGCUCCAGUUGUCAGCAAACAUCAUCUGGUACUCUCAGUUCAGACACGUCUCACAGAGAAAUGCAGAAGGAAGUUCACCACUGCUCAGACUGUGGAAAGAGAUUUACUCAUCAAGGCAAUCUUCAGCGACACCAGCACAUUCACACAAGACAGAAGCCGUAUCACUGCUCACAGUGUGGAAAAAGUUUUAAUCGAAAGGAUCAUCUUCAGCAACAUCAGCGCAUUCACACAGGAGAGAAGCUGCAUCACUGCUCACAGUGUGGAAAGAGUUUUAAUCAUCAGAGUCAACUCCAACAACACCAGCGCAUUCACACAGGAGAGAAGCCGUACCACUGCUCACAGUGUGGAAAGAGUUUUACUGAUCAGAGUUCUGUACAACGACACCAGCGCAUUCACACAGGAGAGAAGCCGUACCACUGUUCACAGUGUGGAAAGAGUUUUAGUCAUCAGGGUAAUCUUCAGCGACACCAGCGCAUUCACACAGGAGAGAAGCCUUAUCACUGCUCACAGUGUGGAAAGAGUUUCUCUCAACAGAGUCAUUUCCAACAACACCAGCGCAUUCACACAGGAGAGAAGCCGUAUCACUGCUCACAGUGUGGAAAGAGUUUUAGUCAUCAGGAUAAUCUUCAACUACACCAGCACAUUCACACAGGAGAGAAGCUGUAUCAGUGCUUACAGUGUGGAAAACGUUUUACUGACCCGAGAAAUCUUAAACGACACCAACGUAUCCACACAGGAGAGAAGCCGCAUCACUGCUCACAGUGCGGGAAGAGUUUUAUUCAAAAGAUUGAACUUCAGUUACACCAGCGCAUUCACACAGGAGAGAAGCCGUACCACUGCUCACAGUGUGGAAAGAGUUUCUCUCACCAGGGCUAUCUCAAACAACACCACCACAUUCACACAGGAGAGAAACCGUAUCAAUGCUCACAAUGUGGAAAGAGUUUUAUUCAAAAGAGUGCUCUUCAACAACACCAGCGCAUUCACACAGGAGAGAAGCUGUAUCACUGCUCACAGUGUGAAAAGAGUUUUACUGACCCGAGAAAUCUUAAACGACACCAGCGUAUCCAUACAGGAGAGAAGCCGCAUCACUGCUCACAGUGCGGGAAGAGUUUUAUUCAAAAGAUUGAACUUCAGUUACACCAGCGCAUUCACACAGGAGAGAAGCCAUACCACUGCUCACAGUGUGGAAAGAGGUUUAAGCGAAAGGAUCAUCUCCUACAACACCAGAGCAUUCACACAGGAGAGAAGCCGUAUCAAUGCUCACAGUGUGGAAAGAGUUUUAUUCAAAAGGGUGCGCUUCAUCAACACCAGCACAUUCACACAGGAGAGAAGCCUUAUCUCUGCUCACAGUGAGGAAAGAGUUUUACUCGAGUAGUUUCCAAAGACUUCAGAACAUUCACACAGGAAAGAAGUAUCACCGCUCACAGGGACUAGGCAUGUGUGAUAUAACCAUUUAAUCUACACCGUCUCUACACAAUAUUACACUGCCACCAUAUCUAGUGGUGUUUAUUAUGAUUAUAUUAUAUUACCAUAUCUACCAACCUUUACACUAAGGAGUGCUGCAAUUUCGCAAAAAAAAAAAAAAAAAUUUCAAAAACAGCACUUCCAGUGUUUGGCAGAAAGAAAAACAAGGAUGAAAUAUUUGCCAUCAGAAAGUAUAAAUUUUAAAUUUUUAAAUAAGGCCUACAGUGAAAUGUCAAAUCUGACACUUUACAAAUAUUGUUAAAGGUGUUAAUUAGAAUGUGACUAAAUAUGCUCUUUUUUUUUUGCUCUCUUGCGCCAUAUCACCACUCAAAAUGGGCCUCGUUUAUCAAUUUGUUUAUAGGAGCAUUUACACAAUUUGGUAUUCAUGAAAAACCUGUAAGUUCUGUAAAUGUUCGUAUCCUGAAUGUGUUAGUAUAUAUAUGUAAAAUAUGAACUAAUGUAAAUCUCAUAUAUAUAUAAUAUAUAUAUAUAGUGUGUGUGUCACAAUUUUACACUUAUGAGUUUAAAUCACAUAUUUAUUUAUAUUUACACACACCAAAUUAAUGAAUGAUUUGUGAAGCUUAGUCAUUUCAUAUUAAUGGCAUUACCUAUAGAAAUAUUAAAUAAAUAAAAAAAUCAAGAAAGCAAGCUAAUUUUUGCUGUUCAAAAGUCUUAGGCACAUGUUAAGAAAUGCUGUAAAGCAAAGAUGGCUUCAAUAUGAUAAAUAAUAACAUUAAAUGUUUCUACUUUAAAAAAUUCUAUAAAGAGCAAUGAAUAGCAGAAAACUAAACAAAGUCAAUAUUUGGUGUGAGAGCCCUUUUUUUAAAAAACAGAAAUAAUAAUAAUUAAUUAGUAGACUCUUGUCUGGUACAUUUUUCUGAGCAUCUUGGGAAAUGUGUGACAUUUGAGUGUCACACUUGCUACUGUUUUUUUUUUUUGCAGGUAAAAUCUGACAGCCUUUAUUAUGUGUUUUGAAAAGUGACUGAAAAGUGGUCUGAUAUGUAAUAUGUUACUUUCUGUUACUUUCUCUUUACUAGCAUACAUCUUUCUGUAACAUAAAAUUUUUUUGUUGGAAAAAUAAUGUUUGGAAAACUUUUUUUACUGACUCAAUAAUGCACACAGCAAUCAUCUAAGCCAAAAUUUGUAAUUAGAAACAAAUAAGGCAAGUCAUUCUAACGUGCUAUAUACUCCCUAAUUUUCAGCAUGACAUCAUUCAGGUUCCUUCUGAGACAUCACCAUCUGCUUUUCCAACAUGGAUGUUUGUGGAUGUGCACUUCUCGGUUGGUUCGCAACACUUCUAGUCUUUUUGAAUUUGUUAAGUUUGGCAACAGUGUCAUGUGUGAUGUGCUUGCCAUGUUUCCUAUUAAAGUCCUAGACAACUGUGUCAGAGCAUCUCCAAAACAGCAGGUGUUGCGGGGUGUUCCCGGUAUGCAGUGGUUAGUACCUACCAAAAGAGGUCCAAGGAAGGAUAACCGGUGACUCGGAGACAGGGUCAUGGGCUCCCAAGGCUCACUGAUGCGCGUGGGGAGCGAAGGCUCGUCUGCUCCGAUCCCACAGAAGAGCUACUGUAGCACAAACUGCUGAAAAAGUUAAUGCUGGCUCUGAUAGAAAGGAGUCAGAACACACAGUGCAGCUUGCUGCGUAUGGAGCUGCGUAGCUGCAGAGCGGUCAGAGAGCCCAUGCUGAUUCUGUCCACCACCGAAAGCUCCUACAAUGGACACAUGAGCAUCAGAACUGGACCAUGGAGCAAUGGAAGAAGGUGGCCUGGUCUGAUGAAUCACAUUUUCUUUUACAUCAUAUGGAUGGAUGGGUGCAUGUACAUUGCUUACCUGGGGAAGAGAUGGCACCAGGAUGCACUAUGGGAAGAAGGCAAGCUGGCAGAGGGAGUGGGUACUUUGGCUAGGACAUAUGAGGAACAUGAUGAAAUGAACUUGUGGAUGUCUUGGAGCAUACGGGUCCACCAGUAUUUGCCCUGAAGAAAUUGUGUGCCAGGGUGUCCAGUAGCUGUUGAGGUGUCAGCUCAUGUAAUCAGUUUGUCUCUGAGGUGAGAAGGCACAUAUUAUUUGUCAGCUGGGCAGUGUGCAGGAACUCUCCUCAGGUGUUCUCUCUAUGUCCCAAUCAGUGUCCCAGGUUAUAUACCCUACAAAGCAUGACUGAGGUAGGAUACAUUCCUCUGUGGUUUCUCUGGGAGGAGCUGAUAAGAAACAGGAGAGAGCGUCAGCCUUUGUGUUCGUGGAGCCUGGUCUGUAGGAGAUGGUAAAAUGAAAACUUGAAAAGAACGGGGUAGAGUUUGUCAUUUAAGCGAGUUAAUGUUCUCUAAGUUCUUGUGAACAGAUUUGGCCUGGCUUAUUUUUGCAUAACAGGCCAAAACCAGCACAGAUACGUUCUGUUACAUCUGAUGUGAAUUUAGGCCAGAACUGGCCCAGCUCAGCCUUUAAUUUUAUUAUAUUCAGCCCAGAUCAGACACAGACCCAUGACUCAUUUUCAUAUCUGGUCCAAAUGUGGCACAGAAUCGGUUGCAGUUAGAGCAACACUGGUCCAGCUCCACACAUUAAACCCCUGCUUAUCCAAGACAGAUGUUGCCCAGAUCCUAUAGCUUUAUUUGCAUAUGAGUGCUAAUAAAUGCUAUAUAAUUUAACAUAUUUAACAUAUUUUAGUUUUUUUUCCCCAAAUACUUAAAAUGUCAUUGUAAUUCUUACAACAGACAUUAUCUUGCCUAAACCGUGUGUAUAAACAUAAAAAUACAAAACAGACUGCUUAACCAAAAGGUCAAGGUUUUUGAAUGGCCUAGCCAGAGCCCAGACCUGAAUCCAACUAAAAAUCUGUGGGGUGACCUGGAGCAGGCUGUGCACUGGAGAUGCCCUUACAAUUUGAUGGAUCUAGAAUGUUUUUGCAAGAAAGAGUGGGAAAAUAUUGCCAAGUCAAGCUGUGCCACACCGAUAGGCUCUUGCCCAAAAAGUCUGAGUGGUGAAAUAAAAUCAAAAGGAGCUUCAACAAAGUAUUAGUUUAGAGGUGUGCAUACUUUUGCAACUGGGUUAUUGUAAGUUUUUUUAUAU